ACGACGUCAUAAUUCACUGAACAAAUGCAUUUUUGGUGGGACUUGAAGGGUGCGACGUAUCUCUUCACAUGUCGCUACCACUAUCGACUUGGAGAGUAUCAGUUAGCUAAUGAAAUCAAGUGUUAGUAGGGGCGGGAUUUGCAAUCCGCAACCUUGGCUUUCUCUGGGUCGAUAGGGAAUGAACAACGAGACAACACCGGGCAGUUGCAAGAAAAACUCUGGGUGUUCCAGUAUUGAGCAAAUGCUGGCUGUGAACCCCGGCAAGACGCCCAUCAGUCUGCUGCAGGAGUAUGGAACGCGGAUAGGUAAGACCCCAGUGUACGACCUGCUCAAGGCUGAGGGCCAGGCGCACCAGCCCAACUUUACUUUCCGCGUGUCCGUGGGAGAGAUUAGCUGCACCGGCCAAGGGCCCAGCAAGAAGGCGGCCAAGCACAAGGCAGCGGAGGCUGCCCUGAAGAUGCUGAAAGGGGGAAUAGGGGGACCAGUGGUGCUAGGUGGAGGUGUGGGAGAAGGGUUUAUCGGAGUGGAAGUGCCUGUGGAUGGGGAAAGCUCUACGUCAGAGAUGAAGACUUCUGGAAGCAGCACGUCUCAACAGUCUGAAUGCAACCCUGUGGGAGCUCUGCAGGAGCUGGUGGUUCAGAAAGGCUGGCGUCUCCCGGAGUACACAGUCACCCAGGAGUCAGGCCCCGCACACCGCAAGGAGUUCACCAUGACCUGCCGGGUUGAGAGAUUUGUCGAAAUUGGCAGCGGAACGUCCAAGAAGCUAGCCAAGCGCAACGCAGCAGCCAAGAUGCUGUCCAGGAUCCAUGACGUUCCCGUGGACCUGAGGAGCAGCCAUGAGACAGAAGCAGAGGAUGACACCUUCAACAUGCACAUGGGCAGCAGGGCGGAGGCAGGGAAGUGCAAAGGUCUGGGCUGCACUUGGGAUUCUCUAAGGAACUCAGCCGGGGAGAAGAUUGUGCAGCUGAGGAGCCACCCGUUGGGCAUGCCCAGCUCCAACUUCUGCUCACUGCUCCAUGACCUCUCAGAAGAGCAGCGUUUUGACGUCAGCUACCUCGACAUAGAGGAGCGAAGCCUGAGUGGCCUCUGCCAGUGUCUGGUGGAGUUAUCCACUCAACCGGUCACAGUCUGUCACGGCUUCGCCCCAAACCAUGAUGCCGCUCGUGCCAGUGCAGCCCACAAUGCCCUGCAAUACCUCAAAAUCAUGGCCGGGGGGAAGUGACUUUGCCUCCCUGGACCAACACAGGUGUCCAUGGCCAACCUCAACUCUGGUCACUGGAUGCCUACAUUUGAGGGUCCUCUCACUAAUGGUGGUCAAGGGGAUGUAACUGUUGAUUUACCCAUGCGACAAGUUUAUACAGAAUUUUUAUGUCGUGAGGGAGUUUAAAUGUCUUUGCCAACUUGGCCCCUCACACAACCCCCGGAGCCUUCCUUUGUGUAAGUUACUUUUAAUUCCUUAAUGCCUCAAAGACAUGGAAUACCCCUUGUUGAAGCUUGAUGAGGGGCUAGAACUCAAAGUUCUUCCGUGCCCCUGAAGAUUCCCCAUUGAUGGUCACGCACUGUUUCGGCAGUUACAUGCGUAGAGACAAAGACUGCAUGGAAAAAGGCAGAAGAUAUUUUAAAAGAAAAAACAUUUCACCUUUUAGUUAUCACACCUAAAACGGUUUUCGUUGAUUGAUGAAAAGGCAUUGUCUGCCUUUUCGUUACUGAAGACUUUGUGUAUGACCAAGAACAUUUGUCCCUCAUUGUCACUUCACUUGGGUCACUGUUCAAGAUGAUGGUUUUGCCCCAAGUGAAAUGUAAUUUUGGAAAUGUAUAUUUACUUCUCAGAUUCUGAAAUUGGAGCCCUAUGUCCUUUUAAUCAACUGUUUAACAAUACUUUUUAUUAGGCCUUUAGAAAAUGUAUCUGUGUAAUAUAAUAUUACAAUGUUAGAGUAAUGUUAAGGUACAUGUUUUAAAUUGAGUUUACAUCUGCAGUACAUUAGAGUACUGCAGAUGUAAGUACUGAUGUAAGUACUCUUUGAGUUUUAGUUAUAUUUUAAUACUUUAGGUACUAUACUAAUAAAUUUGUUAAUUUUCAGACCCCACAAAAGUACAUUUUAUAUUGUGUGAAUAAAUUGCUACUGUAUAUACAAUUAGUAAUUUUAGACAUCAAAUGUUUGAAGGCAACUUUGAGGCAAUGUUAUCUCAUGGUGGCUUUCAUUAAACCAUAUUCAGGGCCUUUCAUUUUAGGAAUAGAACUAUUGUCUUAAAUGUAUAGUAUUCUGUGGUCUUGUUGAUUUUAUCAUGUCUAAAAUAGAGCAUCUAAAUUAAAUAAGACUAUACUGAUACAUUUGAUUGAAUCAUCAAGGCUUUUGAAAUUUCAAAGGAUGCUAGCGUUGGAUUCGAUAGAACAUUUUAAUUUGGUAUUCUAAUUGACUGGAAUUAAUACCAACCAUAUUUUAUUUUUCUUCCACACCUGUUGACAAACUCUUUCUUCAUCUACCUCUGCUGCAUGCUAAUUGUGUAACUUGAGCUCAGUAUUCUCCAAUGUUUUUUUCCAAGAGUUCAGAUACAUCGUUAACCCAUCGUGUUUAAUGUAGGUAAAUGUCAAGUAAAGGAUGGUUUUGAUAAGCGAUUGUAUACUAAGCAUGCUGGCCAUAGAAGGGUACGUUCCUUUCUGGAAUAGCUGUUGCAUAUUACUGCAGGAUGUAUAGCAAUGGAAUGAAUAGAAUAGACAGUCUUUACUUGAAUAGAAACUUGUUUUAAUCUCUUUCUGUGAAUCUUUUCCUAUCUUAUAGGCUUAAUAUAGUUGGAUAAAACAGGCCCCUGAUGAUUAUAUGGUUAACAGAGUGAGAAGUUUUGCUGAAAUUCACAGCUGAAUGUUUGGGAUGUUCAGGAAAGUAUUGCAGAAAUACAAAGUAGAAUUCAAACACAAAUGUCCUAUCACUGUUAUAAAUUGAUUGAUAUGUUACUUUCUAAAUAAAAAUGUUUUUAAAAGUU